GUGACGUCACUGCGGGAGCAAGUGCAGAGACCACAUCCUUGUCUUCGCCGGGGCCACAGGGCACUGAGGGCAGCCCUCUGGGCCAGCCACGAGAGACCAGCCACCCUGCUUUCUGGGCCCCCAUCCACGACACCCCGGUGGCCGCAGCCCCAGGGAGACGCGCCGUCCCAGAUCUGCUGAGACUGCGAGGACGGGUGAGACCUUUGGAGACCAUCGCCAAGAAAGGGGAGGUGCAUCUUCAGACCCUCCUCAGUGUGGCCUUGCCCAGCCUCGGGACCCACGAGCCAGCUGGCAGACGCCACCUCUGUUUCACUGUGCGUAAGUCCCUGGGCAUUCCCAAGAGCCCUCUCCGGGGAAGGUUACAGAGGGCUGGACACUGCAGCCCUGCGGGCAGGGCCAGGGACAUCCUCCACUAGAGGGACAAAUCGGGCCCGUGAGGCCUCUCUCCUACUUAGCCUUUGGGAAGGGAUCGUGGCAUCCUGGAUAAUUUUGUGGAUUCUCGAGGCAGCUCAGGUGUGCACCAGCGAGCAUACUCCUGCCUCCGAGAGCUGGGCAAGAUGCUCUUCGGGGUCAAGGACAUUGCUCUGUUGGAGCACGGGUGCAAGGCGCUCGAGGUGGACAGUUACAAGUCCCUGAUGAUCCUGGGUAUACCGGAAGACUGCAACCAUGAGGAGUUCGAAGAGAUCAUACGGGUCCCCCUGAAGCCCCUGGGCAAGUUCGAAGUGGCCGGGAAGGCGUUUCUGGAAGAAGAGAGAUCCAAGGCAGCCAUCAUUAGGCUGGAGGAGGACAUCAAUUAUGCCGUGAUCCCCAGGGAGAUCAAGGGCAAGGGCGGCAUGUGGAGAGUGGUCUACAUGCCCCGGAAGCAGGACAUAGAAUUCCUGACCAAGCUGAACCUCUUCCUGCAGAGUGAGGGCAGGACGGUGGAGGAUGUGGCCCGGGUCCUGAGGCAGGAACUGUGCCCAACAGUGACGGGCCCCAGAGAGCUGCCUGCCAGAAAGUGCCGGGCGCCCGGGCCCGGGGAGAAGGCGGGCUCCGGGGCCCCCGCGGGCGCCGACGGGUCACCACCUCUGGCCUCGGUCGAGAAGCAGAGCAAGGCUGGAGAUGACAAGAGAGGCAAGCGAAAGCACAAGAAAAGCCGUCGACGGCACCAUGCAUCUGACAAGAAGCUGUGAGGAUGGACCUUGAAGGUACUUCUGGCACAAACUCGUCCCGAGUGGGCCACCCUGAUUUGCAGAAACCAUGCCUGACGAAGUGAGUUGCCUGCUUGCCACACCUGAGGAGCUCAGGGCUCUGUGUUUGACUCUGUCAAAAGCUGUCGCUGUCCUGUACACACUCAGUCUCCCUUACAAGGGAUGGUCAGACGUGGGACUCUUCUGCUCUGAUUGGCCCCUGGGAUUAGGAUAUGGGUCUCCCCAAAUUCAAUUCCAGAAGCUCUGAUUUGGGCAGAGGGGGCACCCCACUCUAAAGAACAAAAGGCAAGAUUUUCAGGAAAUAGUCCAAAAGGAGGUAAAUAAUUAAGAGGUCACCUUCAAGAGUUACCCAUUAACGGCAUUAACUUUGAGUCCCCCGUGGUGAAGAACAACAAAAACAAAGAAAUGAAUCAGGUAAAAUCCAAACGUCCAUGGGUAGAUAGAGCUCUUAUUCAGGGCAUCCGGUCUGCGAAUUUGCAAACUUCCAUUUCAGGGAUUUGCAAAGGUUUGGGCUGAAUUUCUUUGGUUUUUAAAAAAUGCAAUUUACACACACACUCAGAAGCUCAGAUUCUCACCUGCCAAAUCAUGAUAGUGGAGACCCCCAACGUAUUACUGUGGUGGGUAUCAGUCACAUCUGUGAAUUCCAGCAUCCAACCCCUGUUCUUAUUUCUGUGAGGCUACCCCCUGAGGCCCCCCUAGCAGAGCCAAAAGGUGGAGAUUCUCUCUCUACCCACCCCUUCACCUUGGCAGCCAGGGUGAAGGCAAAGGAUCCACCCUCAGGCAGUCAGAAAUUCCUCUUAGGUCCUUGCAUCCCCAGCAAGUGUCAAGACAGAAGGAAUUUUUAGAGUUCACGUACGUUGACACCCUAAAAACCUGACUCUGAUUUCUGUAAACUCCCCCAGCUGACUCUGAAUCAUCAGCCUCACCAUCCUUUUCUUUUGUGCAGUGGUCGGGAUAAAGCUUUUCCUGCCAUCCCCACGUAUAUAUUUACUCUUCUUGCAAGUGCAUCUAGAUGGCCUAGAAGUUUGUAGCUCCCUACUGAUCUUUUUCUCCCUUGUAAGUUUCCAGCGCAGGCAACCGCACUCCCUGCACUCACGGUGUAUUGUGUUACUGUGUUCGCUGUUGCCUCAGAGUCUGAGCUUCAAUAAGACCUCAGGCACAUUAGCUUGUUGCAUGCUGUUCUCCCAUCAAGGCAGAGUCGUUGUAUCCUAACAAGGGACAGUGUGACAUUCCUUACCGUCUUACUGCAGUAUCAAGACUGUAUAUUUGUGCUUAUUGUGGGUUUUGGGUGCUCCCCAUACAACAUCCAUAUGUGUGAUACACAAUGUGAGUGUGUGUCAAUGUUCAAUGUUGCCCCUAAAACCCAAUCUCCUACCCCUUCUCGAGGUUUUCUGGAAGAGUUUCCUGACAUAGCGACGCAAGCAGUUGGGUCAACCGGUUGCCAUUUGAAGCCAGUUAUCUGUGUGAGUCAAUACCUGGCUGGCACACAGCAAAUCCUAAGAAUUUGCUGAGAGAUGCCCACAGCUGGCCUUGGUAAACCCCCAUUUUCAAGAGUGGGUUCCGUUAAAACUCUUCACUGUUCUUUGUGGUCGAUGCUCUAUUGUACAAAUAUGAACUUAUAAAAUAAAUGUAUGUGAAUGCAA